UUAGUUUCUUAUGGAAGUAUAAUAACACGUGAUGACGUGAACAAUAGAAUCGGCGCAUUAAUAAGCAUUAGGGUAGAUCCCAGAUCUGGUGGAAGAAGAACAUUACAACUAGAACUGAGAUCUCCCCCACCCCAAUCGGCUAACAAGGGAAAGGAUGUUUCUCUGGGAUUGGUUCUAUGGCGUUUUGUCUUCUCUAGGUUUAUGGCAAAAGGAAGCUAAGAUCCUCUUUCUCGGUCUCGAUAAUGCCGGCAAAACCACUCUUCUUCACAUGCUCAAAGACGAGAGGUUAGUUCAGCAUCAGCCGACGCAGUAUCCGACAUCGGAAGAGCUGAGUAUCGGAAAAAUCAAAUUCAAAGCGUUUGAUUUAGGAGGUCAUCAGAUCGCUCGCCGUGUCUGGAAAGAUUAUUAUGCCAAGGUUGAUGCUGUUGUAUACCUGGUAGAUGCAUAUGACAAAGAGCGCUUUGCAGAGUCAAAGAAAGAGUUAGACGCACUGCUAUCUGAUGAGGCCCUAGCUACUGUCCCCUUCCUCAUUUUGGGAAACAAGAUAGACAUACCGUAUGCUGCCUCGGAAGAUGAGCUGCGUUAUCACCUUGGCUUGACUGGUGUCACUACUGGCAAGGGUAAGGUGAGUGUUGCUGAUUCUAGUGUUCGUCCCUUGGAGGUGUUUAUGUGCAGUAUUGUACGCAAAAUGGGGUAUGGUGAUGGCUUUAAGUGGGUUUCUCAAUAUAUAAAGUAGUUUACGCUACCAGAAGUUGAAACAGAUUGUGUCCUCGUUUAUGCUUUCGUGCAACUAUUUUUUCCCGUCUGGAAAAGAUGGAACCUGUUCAUUUGUUCUCAAACUGUUGAGGUCUUUUAGUACUUAUGAUUUGUAUGCGUUGAACAUCUAUUUAGUGUGAUGAGAAGCUAUUUAUUGUUGCCCUGUAAAAUUUACCUAAGGCUGGAAAAUUGUCAAAACUCCAUAUUAUUAUUCCAAUUCUUAGUUACUCAUGCUUA